AUGGCGUUGUCGACAGUCAUCUCCUCCAUCUCCUCCAGCAAGCUGAUUCUCCUAUUCCCUUUGAUCCUCUCUGGAUGGGCCAUCUUUGCCUUUCUCCAACACCUCUACAAUGCAUUAUAUGGCCCUCUCUCCAAAAUCCCCGGACCACGACUGCGAGCAUUCACCAUUCUACCACACUUGAAAGCCAUGUGGACCGGCAACGAAGCCGUAGCCGUCGUCGAACUCCACGAGAAAUAUGGCUCGGUGGUACGCCUCGCACCGGAUCUGGUCGCUGUCACGGGAAACGCGCAGACGUGGAAGACGAUUUAUGAAAGCAAAGCCAAUGGCGUUUCUGCAUUUGCGAAAGAUUUGAUCUUUUACGAUGCGCCGCUGAAUGAGGUUCAUGGUCCGUUUGGGAAUGAUGAUCCUAAUAGUCUGCGAAUGAGAAAAGCUAUGGCUCCGGCUUUUAGUGAUUCGGGUUUGAAGCGCUAUGAGACGAGAUUCAAGACUUGGUGUAAUGCUCUCGCUGCGAGGCUGGAUCAGCAUGCUACUGACAAUGUUCCCUCGGAUAUGGUCAAGCUGUUCAACUGCACCACAUUCGAUGUCAUGAGUGACAUGCUCCUCUCCGAGCCCUUGCAUCUCCUCGAAAAGGGCGACUACGUCCCCUUUGUCCGCCUCAUCUUCACCAUCCUCCGCCACGUCACCCGUCUCAAGACGAUCCGUCUCUACAGCCGCCCCAUUGCAAGACGCCUCCAUCUCCUCCUAAUGAGCAUCCCCAGCAUUCGCCAAUUCGCAGAAAAACACCACCGCUUCAUCACCGACCGUGUCCACGAACGCCUCACCAAAUCUCCCGAACAACCCGACAUUUGGAGUCUUGUCACGGCGGAAACUUCCACUGCAGCGCUGAUUUCGGAAGAAGAACGGUAUUCGAUUGCGAAUGAAUUGAUGAUUGCCGGGACCGAAACUAGCGCGACGGUGCUCAGUGGAUGUUUAUAUCAUUUGCUCAAAAAUCCUGCAUGGAUGGCUACGUUGACACGGGAUAUUCGUGACAAGUAUAGUCCCGAGACUCCUGGGGGACCGGAUCGAAUUACUAUGGCGGGUUUGCAGGCGAAUAAACUUCUUGAUGCGGUGAUUAAAGAGGCUAUGAGACUCUACCCCCCCGUCCCCAUCGGUUUCGCCCGCUUCGUCCCACCCAGCGGCACCACCCUCAACGGCUACGACAUCCCCGGCGGCAACCGCGUAGUCAUCUACCACUUGGCAACCUACCGCGACAGCACCCUGUGGACGGACCCAACAGGUUUCCACCCGGAACGUUGGCUCGGCGAUUCCAAAUUUCAAAAUGAUCAUUUGGAGGCUUUUGAGCCUUUUAGUACGGGUCCGAGGGGUUGCUCGGGGAAGAAUUUUGCUUGGAAUGAAAUGCGGUUGAUUUUGGCGACGACUUUGUUGAAUUUUGAUUUGGAGUUGAGGAGGGAGUCAGAGGGGUGGUUGGAUCAGAAGGUUUUUUUGGUUUGGGAGAAGCCGGCGCUGUGGGUGGAUGUUAGGAAGAGGGGGGAUUUUUAG